GACAGUCCUGUACCAUUGUGCAACAACAACCCUGUAAUGGAAGUUGCAAACAAAGUACAGUACAGAUUAAUUCAGAUCAUGGCGUUGGCAGAAAUGACUGAUUAUAAGGGCUUAUGUAGUCAAGCCGGCCCAUCAGGGAUCAGUCGUGCCCUUCACAACGCCAUCCCUCAGUCGAAGGCUGGGACUAAGUGACCAAAACUUGAGGACAGAAAAAACAAAAGUGUUGCCUGCAAAUCCCCUUGUAGGAUUUUCACACAGUUGAAUCUGAUGGUAAGUAGUGGAGCAGUUUGGUGAAGAGCUACAGUAGUAGAGCACUGUCCAGUCCAGCUCUCUCCUACAGUGGACUACCAGAGGAAACAUUGUCUCCAUGGCCACCGAGGGGAUGUCUAGAGAAGAAGCAGAGGAGUACCAGAAACAGCUGGUGGAGGAAAAGAUGGAGAGAGAUUCAGAGUUCUUGGUAAAGAAGGCUGAGAGGGCUACAUUGAGAACGUGCUUAAGAGACAAAUACAGACUACCAAAGAGUGAACAGGAUGCAAACCUGAUGGAGUCGGCAGGAGACGACAUUGACGUGCCAGAAGAACUACUCAAAAUGGUGGACGAGGACGCCACAGAGGAGGAAGAGAAGGAUUCUAUCCUGGGCCAGAUACAGAACCUACAGAACAUGGACAUGGACCAGAUCAAGGAGAAAGCGUCGGCAACUAUGGUUGAGAUGAAAUCUAAAGCAGAGGAGAAGUGCUGUGUCAUGUGAUGAGAGAAAACAUUGGUUCAGUUGAUUAGUUCCUAAACACCAAGUUUGACCAAGGAUAUAACUUCCAAGUUUGGACUUCCCUGAAAUAUUCCAGCUUUCCAGUAUUCUAAUCUAGACUGUGGACUUGGAUUGAUCCGAAACACGUAUAGUAGACCUUCUACACAGUCUAAAUUGAACCAGUCUUAGGUUGGCUAAUCUGUCAAUAGAGGGUUGAAGAGAUGACUCUUAAUCUGUCUUCCUCAGAAAGCUGUGGGGAAGAGGUCGGGAAAACAUCACAGGGCUGAGAGGGAGUAAGAGUAUUUUAGUUGUUGUCAUUAAAAAAGGGGUUCUGUUCUUUUUAUAUACAGCAAACCUCAUGUUUUCUUUGCAAGAAAGUACAAUUGGGAGGAGAAAAAAAACAAUGGUAUCAUGGUUAUAAAUGUUCUGAAUUGCUUCGUGUUAAAAAAGACAUCCCUCUGAAUUUUGGGCCCUGGUAAAACCGUGUAUAUAACUGGAUUUGGCAUUUUCGUUUGUAAUAAAUAGAGACGAAUCAUAAGAAGCCCAUGAAAAACAAUCCAUGU